AUGAGGAGAAAUGGCUACGAAUCAGGUGAUGCGGACACCUACAGUCUCAGCAGCGCCGGAAGCUUGGACCUUCAUGAUCCAAGUGACCUGGAUCCAAUGGUCAACCGAAAGAAACGAAAAGACAAGAAACUAAAGCGACAGCAAAAGGCUUUGACAUCACUACAAUUACCGCAAUUGAAUUACAAAGAUACUCCAACCAUUCGAAUACUCGUGGUGGCAGAUGUCGAUUUGCAUUGUGCCUCUGCUUUGGCGGAAGCUGCCUUGGUAUCCACGGCCGAUAACCCAUUGCGCAAGGUGGACCUUUGCAUUGCCUGUGGUCCAUUUUGUAAGGAAGAUGAAUUGAAUAUCUACUAUCAUGGGCGGCAACGGACGCUGAGGGUUCGGCCAACUCCAUCAUCUCACUACAAUAAUGAAACGUUAUCAUCAUCAUCAUCAUCACUCCAAUACCGGUACCACCACAACCACCACCAACAACAGGUGAGACCACAACUACCAUUGAUCACUUCGCCGUACAAACAACAAAAUUUCCAUGACAAACCCAUCAAACGAAGUUUAGAAGAGAAUGCCGCCUUGGAAGGUCUCAUGACUGCGGCUCUUAGUCAGUUGGAGUCGAUUGUUUGUCGCGUCUUGUACAUUCCGGGUGAAACGGAUCCAAUUUUCCACAAGAUGAAGCGCCGGUUGACACCCAACUCGAGAAAUAUCCAUCAACAAUGGAUGCCUCUUUGUCCUGGAUUAGGAUGCGCUGGUUUACUACAUUUGGAUUGGGGCAAAUACGAAGCAAUGUAUGGUGGGGAUGGCAUAGACGAAGAAGAUGAGGAUAAUGAUGAUGAUGAAGAAGAAGACGAGGAUGACAACAUUGAUGACAGUCAGGCCGAUUACGGUAGCGACAGUGAGUUAAUGGACAGCUACCGUCAUGAUGACAACAUCAAUCAAUCACUGCCGCCCCUCGAGGAUAACAUAUACUCGGAUAGUGAAGGCGAAGCUUCUUCGAUUGGUUCGGAGAGCGAUAUGCCGCCAUUGACAGACGCAGUGCCAUCCGACUCGAGAACGACUGGACGGCAAUACAGCCUCGAUCACUGCAACUCUCUAGAGAAACUGGUGAACUCAGCACCGAAUAUGAACGCGGUCACCGACACUCCCUUGGCCAAUCAAACGCAUCCAACCAUUGUUGGAUUCCACAAGACAGAGCUGUUUCAGACCAUCCUAGUCACACACUACGAGCAUUUAGCGCAUAAUAAUGGUGAUUCCCAUCAUGCAGACGAGGAACUUCCCUGUUUGCCAGCUCAGCAUGAUGAUUUUUGUGACCUUCCGGAGGUUCAAGAACACGUCUGUCUCGAAAUAGCUUCUGGACGCAACGUUCAUGGCGAAGCCAUCGCCCCAAAAUGUGUUUCCAAAGGUCCAAAUUUGACGGUACUCUUACCAGGCUCCUUAAAGGAACGCGGCGACUACUGCUUACUGGACCUCGCUUACGUUGUAGAUGGGAACAAUGGCUGCAAAUGGUCCGUGACAAAAUCGGAGUUUCUGAGGUUGUAA